AUGAAAAGCGUAGCCGGGGUGGAUGCGGAGGAAUUCAAUCGAUUGCUCGAACUCAGUGUGACUUAUGGAGAUAUUUGCAAACAAUUUGUUCAUCAACGAGACUCGGAAAAGAUCUCACUUGAUGAGCUGCAAGAAAUUCGACAAAAGUUGUUCUCUUUACCGCUGAAUGGCGCAAUGAUUGCACAUAUUUUCGAUAUUCAUGUGAAAACCGAUCAUCAGGAUUAUGAGGCUACUGUGACACGCUGCGAGAAAUUGAUGUUUCACAUAGCCAUUUGCACAAAUCCAGCUCUUGCAGCUGAUUUU